AUGGACAACCCACGGUCGAAACAAUCAAACCAGCAACUCCAACCCUCACCCCCAUUCCCCACCCCACUGCAUAGGCUGCCAGAGUAAGUCCGCUCACUCUGGCAACCUGGAAUGUGUGUUUUCUUUUGAACAAUCCAAGGAGCAACCGGUCGCAACGGAGGACAGCGCCGGUCGCUCGCAAAUUGGCACGCUACACGGUGGACAUCGCUGCUCUCAACGAGAUCCCCUUCCCCGAGCAAAGCCAAGCGGGUGAGGUGGGUGCUGGCUAUACCUUUUUCUGAUGUGGCCGUCCAAAUGCAGAGCGACAUGACUCUGACGUCAUCUUCGCCAUCCGAAAUGACGUCAUAGGACGGCUGUCCUGUCAGCCGCAGGACAUAAACCACCUUCUUAUUACCCAACACCUGCCUCUGCGGAGAGUCAAAUUUUCCACUAUCAUCAACGGUUAGGCUUUCUCCUUCCCAGCAGUGAAGUCCAAGGAAGCGUAGAACAAAAUCGAUGAAGACAUGCACACCCUCCCGACGGCCGUGCUGAAGGCGGACACGUUGACUGUUUUCGGUGACUUCAGUGUCCGCGUCAGGACAGAUCACGCUGCCUGGGGUGGGAGUGCUGGGUCCUCAUGGUCAUGGUGGCGGUAGAAACAACGACCUCCUCCUCCUCCUCCUCCUCCCCUUCUUCUUCCUCCUCCUUCUCCUCCUCUCCCUCCUCCUCAUUCUCCUCCUCCUCCUGCUAAUCUGUGCAGAACACCGUCCAUAUCCUAGCCAACACCUUCCGCCCUUCGAUGCGGAGGAAAGCAACCUGGAUGCACCGUCGAUCGCAGCUCCGGCAACUGUUGGACUAAGUUCUCAUCCGGAGGCGAUAUCUAUAGGAGGUGCGACGCCGACGGCCGAACCGACCACGCCCUCGUCAUAG